GAAAAAUUGCUGCUCGGCAUUCCAUUUGGCCAGCAUUCCAAUUCGCAGCACAGGAAAAGCUUGUGUCAUCCUCAGCAAGCGGUCGAUGCUGAAGCCACGCAGCUAAGAUUGCCUGUGGCCUCUGUGCCAACCCCAUCCCCUUCCUCCCCGAAUGUACUCCUCUUCCUCCCGUUCUCCACCCCAUAUGUCUUGGACAUCGCUCUCCGCGCUUUGAGGUGGAUAGCUACCCGAAUUGUCCCCCUGGAUAUGCUCGCAGUACUUCUACUCCCUCUUCACUCGAACCUGUCCCCUGAAGCUCACUCGGAAGCGUAAGUGGGCGACAUUGACGUCUCGGGCGUUGUUCGAAGUCUUCAUCUCUGCGGGAAUGCAGUGUUAGCUCUCCCGACUCCGAGCUUCUUCGCCCCACUGCAGGGCCGAACACGCUUCGCUCUGGCGCCAUCUCCUUGAUUUCUCAUCAGCUGCACACCAUGGCAGCUCUCACUCAUGUUGUGACUUCCAGUGUCUGCGGACAACAAUGGGGAAGAGCUGGCGUGGUGAAAUCUUCCGGAUUGUCCGACUGCUCGCCCAGUACAUCUGGAGCAUGGGCUGGAAGACAGCAGCUUCGCCAUGAGCUGCACGGAGUGAAGGUUGCCACCCGCAGUGUUGCUGCGGUCCGGAAGAGUACUACUGUUGGCCCUGCAGUCUGUACCUUGGCUGUUGAAGACCUCUCAGAACCUGCAGCUACUGCUGCGAAAAACCUCAAAGUGAGGUCUGAUAUUAGAAAUAUUGCCAUCAUCGCCCACGUUGACCACGGGAAAACAACCCUGGUGGAUUCCAUGCUUCGUCAGGCAAAGGUUUUUCGAGACAACCAGGCAAUGCAAGAAAGGAUUAUGGACUCGAAUGAUUUAGAGCGGGAAAGAGGAAUUACUAUUCUCAGCAAGAACACGGCUAUUCGCUACAAGGGAACGAAGAUAAACAUUAUAGACACCCCAGGACAUUCUGACUUCGGAGGUGAAGUGGAGCGAGUGCUGAACAUGGUUGAUGGGGUUCUCCUUCUGGUGGACUCUGUGGAAGGACCUAUGCCCCAAACGAGAUUUGUCUUGAAGAAGGCACUUGAGCUUGGACACACCGUGGUCGUGGUUGUCAACAAGGUUGAUAGACCAAAUGCUCGAGUUGACUACGUUGUCAACACCACGUUUGAACUCUUCGUGGAGUUGAAUGCAACCGACGAACAGUGUGAUUUCCAAGUUGUGUAUGCGAGCGGAAUUCAAGGCAAGGCUGGAUUAGAACCUACAAACCUGGCAGAUGACCUAGAACCACUUUUUGAGACAGUGAUACGCUGCGUCCCUGAACCUCUUGUAUCUGCCGACGGACCUUUGCAGAUGUUGGUGACGAACUUGGAUUACGAUGAGCACAAAGGCCGAAUUUGUAUUGGACGUGUGCACGCCGGAACUAUCAAUAGGUCACAAGAUGUGAAGGUUUGCACUCCCGACGGAAACUGUCGAACGGCCAGAGUGAGCGAGUUAUUUGUAUACGAUAAUUUCAUUCGUGUGCCAGUUGAUUCUGUCGCUGCCGGUGAUAUCUGUGCCCUUUCUGGGCUUGACGAUGUCAUGAUCGGAGAGACCUUGGCCGACAAGCUGGAAGGUGUAGCGUUGCCAACUAUUAAAGUUGAGGAGCCCACUGUGAAAAUGUCUUUCUCGGUUAACACCUCUCCUUUUGCUGGACGCGAGGGUAAGUUCGUAACUAGCAGGAAUCUUCGCGAUCGUUUGUACCGGGAACUUGAAAGGAACCUGGCAAUGAAAGUUGAGGAUGGUGAGACGGCUGACACAUUCAUGGUCAGUGGGAGGGGAACACUGCACCUCACCAUUUUGAUCGAGAACAUGCGAAGAGAAGGGUACGAAUUUAUGAUUGGACCACCAAAGGUCAUCAACAUGGAGGUUAAUGGGAAGAAGCUGGAGCCAUUUGAGGAUGCCACUGUGGAAGUUCCUCAAGAGUAUGUCGGCGCAGUGGUUGAUCUGUUGGGUAAGCGACGUGGACAAAUGCUCGAUAUGCAAGCAUCCGGCCUUGAGAAUUCAACUUUGGUGAAGUACAGAAUGCCGACUAGGGGUCUUCUCGGUUUACGAAACAUCUUGCUUACAGCGUCAAGAGGAACAGCGAUUCUGAACACGCAGUUUCACGGGUUCGGAGAGUGGGCUGGAGAUAUUAGUACCAGAGAACAGGGAUCACUGGUGGCCUUUGAAACUGGAUUAGCAACUUCCUACGCUCUGUUCAGCUGUCAAGAAAGAGGACAGUUGUGCUUGGGCCCGGGUGUUGAGGUUUACAAGGGACAAAUUAUUGGUGUUCACCAACGUCCAGGAGAUUUGGCUUUGAAUGCCUGCAAGCGAAAAGCUGCAACAAACGUCCGAUCCAACAAGGAAGCAACAGUCGUCCUGGCUUCGCCAUUGGAAUAUAGUUUAGAUGAUUGCGUAGAAUACAUUCAAGAGGACGAAUUGGUAGAGGUAACUCCGUUGAGUGUGCGCAUGUGCAAGAACCCGAAAAUGCAGAAGAAAAGGUAAAAUAUCCCACUUAGAAACUAUUUUUGGGAAAUUGUGUCAUCAACACUUUGACCAGUCUUUACAUUUUUCUGGGAGGCUGGGAGUUAUAUAUACAACAGACUUACUAGGAAAAGAUAGCCGAGUUUCACUAGAUGAAACACAGAUCAUGCUAAAAAGGGACGUAUAUCAUUGUUAACCAGAUUUGUUGGUUAUUUCUCAUACGGUAGUGAUAUCUGUCCUCACACGAAAGAAAUCAGAAUAUAGGGAAAUUGAAUCUGUCAGUUUGGCAACUUCCGCGUCUGUAUCAAAAAUUGAAGAAUGUUAGUAUUCAAAAACUAGAAAGUAUGCGC